UGAAAUCAAAAUCCUGGAGACUUAAAAAGAAUACUCAAUGGUAUUUAUUUCUCGUUGACCUGCUUACCGGGUGAUUGAAAAGUAUCGUGCUACUUGCAGUAAUACCAAACACAUAUAAUACUGCAGCACCCAUCAUAAACAAAACAAGUCAACCCAACGCUUCAAUCAAUCGCGAACCGCGCUAUCCCAGUAUUCACCACCUUUUCCCACCAUGGUCACCGAAACAGAUCAAUAUUACCCUUCGCGGUCCUCCACGGUUCUGUCGGAAAAGCGUCGGUCAAGCUCAUACAUCAACCCACCAUCUCCGACCAAGCGACCUAGUCGAAUGCAAAGCACGAGAACGAGCGAUGGUACCGUGAGCACGAGAAUGAGUUACACCAGCAGUGGAAGGGUGUCGGAAGCCACAAACAUCACACAGCCAGCAUCCUACUCCAAGAAGUUUGUGGUGGUUGGAGAUGGUGGAUGUGGCAAGACUUGUCUCUUGAUCAGCUACGCACAAGGUUAUUUUCCAGAGAAAUAUGUCCCGACCGUGUUCGAAAACUACAUCACACAAACUACCCACAAGCCAACAGGAAAAACGGUCGAACUCGCCUUAUGGGAUACGGCCGGACAAGAAGAGUAUGACCGCUUGAGGCCAUUGUCGUAUCCCGAAACAGAUCUGUUGUUCGUCUGCUUCGCAAUCGACUGUCCCAACUCUUUAGAAAAUGUCAUGGACAAGUGGUACCCUGAAGUCCUACACUUUUGUCCCACGACUCCUCUCGUCCUCGUUGGCCUGAAAUCAGAUCUACGAAACAAGAGAACCUGCAUCGAACUCCUCCGCACACAGGGCCUGACACCAGUGACACCAGAACAAGGUCAAGCAGUGGCAAAGAGAAUGGGAGCGGCCUACAUCGAAUGCAGCGCCAAGGAGAACAAGGGUAUUCAAGAGGUGUUCGACUUGGCCAUCAACACAGCCAUCCAAGUCGAAGAGGCCAGUUACGAGUCAAAGCCGAACAGCAAGGGAGUCAAGGUCAAGAAGGCAAAGAAGAGGAAAUGUGCCAUCCUCUGAUUUGAUGAACGCUUGAAAUGUUCAAUGUUCAGUGUCAUUACUGCAUUGAAUUCCCCUUCUUUGACUUGACCACCGAAAACUUGUCCAUGUCUCUUUUCUUCCCUCUUCGACCACAGGUUUGGUCUUGAUGUACACGCAUACUACUAGAUGGGGCGUUUUUUGCUGCAUGAGUGCAUGACUGGAGUUGUAUUGGGUGUGUGUGUUUGUCCCAUUGAUAUGUCCCCCAUUUUUUGGCGGCCUCGUCAUACCUAGGGACACAAUCGGGGGUUUGACUUUGUAGGUAUAUGAAUUAGCAAUCAAGGGCAGGUUUUGCUCGAAGUUAGCACAUGAAUUGUUCAAAACUGG